AUGAGACGUGGAUUUCGGUUAAAAACCGGAAUAAAUGAGCAACAACGAGCAGAGCUUUCAUGGUUAGCUGCUAAUACUGAACCAAAUCGUCAACCUUCUCCUAUACCACCAUAUGUUCGAUCAUUUCGUUUAACACGUAUCACCACCAAACAACCACAGAUAUCAUCAAUAAAAUAUAUCAACAAUAAUAAUAAUAAUAAUAAUAACAAUUAUCAUCAACAUCGUUAUUAUGACAAAUCAUUAAUUCAUUCAACAUUUUCACCGAUUUAUUAUGCAUCAAAAUUUCGAACUAUCCCACCAACAUAUAAUAACUAUUUAUCGCCAACAUUUACUCAACCUACUUAUCUACCAUUGUCAACAAUGAUGACAGCAGUUCGUAAUAUAUUAGCUAUUCUUCAAAAAACGAUGUAUCCAAAUGAUAACAAUGAUAUCGAUUUUAAUACUACCCGUAUUAUUCCGAAAGAUGAAAAUUUCACCAUUAGCAAUCUACAAUCAUCAAAAUCCUUAUCAUCACUAUUAUUAUCAUCAUCGUUAUCGCCAUUACUAUCACUAACAUCAUCAUCAUCAUCAUCAACAACAGCAGCAACAGGAACAGGAAAAGUAGACGAAAUAAGAGUAACAGGAAUAUCCGAGAAUGAUGGUGACGUAGAAACGGGACAACUGGUUAAUGUCGAACAAGCGAAAGGAGCAGGUAUUCAAAAGGUUAAAGAAACGAUGAAAUCAGUUGAAUCAAUAUUUGAUAAAAUUAGCAAAAGUGGAAAUAAUACUACUAUAACAAUAAUACCUGCAACAAUAUCAACAACAACGACAACAAUAGCAACAACAACAACAACAACAACAACAACAACAAUGACAACAACAACAUCAUCGAUUGAUGAUGGUAGCAAUCUUUUAGGAAGUUUAUUAAGCGGUCGUCUUGAUAAGGUUGAUUGGUUUGGGUCACUUUUUGGCACCAAAUUACCAACCAAAGAAGAAGGUAGUGCUAUGGCACAAAUUUUUGAAGGUGGCAUAUUUGGUCCAGCUAGUUAA